UUCGUUACUGAAUCCGGCCGGACAUCGGUGCAGAUAGAUGUCUGCGUUGAGCAAACACUUUGACCGGGCGAUGGCCGGCGUCGGCUGCCAGGAGAUACUACAUCCGGGCCGCUCGUGUCUAGCGUUUAACGGGGCCAACUUUAUCGGCACAAUCCGCUCGAAUGCGUCCUUCUUCGUACCGAUCGCGCUGCUGCGGCUGCUGAUGCUCGCCCAUCACCGCCAAACACUGUCCGGGGCCAUCGUGCGCCAGGCAAUCGGUGAACUCGGUGCCAUGAUGGUCAAUGGGAUGCUCGUGGCAAACUGUUGGACCGGUACGUUCUGUGCAGUGUCACGGCUGACCGGCCGAAUCCACGAUAACUACUCCGUGUCGCUGGCACCGCUGCUCGGCACGUUCGCGAUGCUGCUGAUGCCGGCCUACGUCAAGACGACGCACGCUAAGGCGGUGUUCGUGGCGAACCUGGAGUGCUGGAUUAAAUCGCGACCAUCGCGGCUAGUGGCGGCGUUGCGCAAAUCGCGCACCUUCGGCACGCUCUGCUUCAUGCUGCUCAGUGCCGGUAUCGUGCAGUUGGCCGGCAGCGCGAACCGUCAAAGCGAGUUUUGGUUCAUAGCACCAUUGAAACCACGGGCGGACGCGGGCGCGGGCGCAGGAUGCUGCCUUCACGCGGACACCUGUACCCAGUACGUAAUGAAGGGCUUGCGGACGUACCUUGCCUUUAGCACCGUGCUGGAGCUAGCACGCCGAACGAUCGUCACUUUCGGCCAGCUACGGUUGAGCCCUGGUGAACGAUUAAAGUCACUGGUACGGCUUCGCUAUCGGUUGAUACUGUUCCUCACACUGUACAACAGUACUUAUCGGCUGUUCACGUGUCUGCUCGCCCGUGCACGCAGCAAAGCAGCCAAGGAGCACGGCAAUGUUACGGCCGGGUUCGUCAGUGGUCUCUGGUACGCACUGUAUCCUAACUACAACAUCUUCAAUCUGGCCGUGUCCACCUUUUGUCAGGUCUUCUGGAACUCGACGAUGGAGCGUUACACGAAUAGCCCCAUUGUCCGCGUGCUCGCCGCGGUACCAUUAGCGCCGAUCGUCUGGAGUGUGUCGAUGUGCUACGUAACGUACUCCCGUGCCUACUACCCAUGGGCGAUGUCUCGGUUUGCGCACAAAUUUAUCGACCUCUGCUCCAACUAUGCAUCGCGCACUGCCUCGGAGAACUUUGCCCGCCGUUUCCUGGUGGCAUGCUAGCCUGACCCUGCUAGGAGCAGACGCAAACGAUCCCGCCGGUUUUUGGUGCCGUACCGACUGUAGACCCCGAACAAUACAAACAGAGUAGUGCCGCGUGGUGCGGCCGUUAAUUUUGAAAAACUUAAAAAUGCCACAAACAUCUGCCCGAAACUGCUUUUCCCC